AUGUCUCGACGGCCACCGGCUGGUGCUGAUCGCACCGAGCAAAACCGAGCGAUGCUGAAGCAGCUGGUGAAGCUGGAGGCCAACAAGAGCUGUGCCGACUGCAAGCGCAACAAGCACCCGCGCUGGGCGUCAUGGAAUCUCGGCAUCUUCCUUUGCAUUCGCUGCUCCGGCAUCCAUCGCGGCAUGGGAACCCACAUCUCGCGCGUCAAGAGCGUCGACCUCGACUCCUGGACGGACGAGCAAAUGCAAAACAUGGUCCGCUGGGGCAAUACGCGAGCGAACAAGUACUGGGAGCACAAGCUAGCGGAAGGCCAUGUCCCCAACGAGGCCAAGAUUGAGAACUUCAUUCGCACAAAGUACGAUAGCAGAAGGUGGGUGAUGGAUGGCCCAAUGCCCGACCCGAGCACGCUGGACGAUGGCGAGGGCGCUGCGGACGAUGAUGUGCCGUUGAAUGUGGUGAGGGAAAAGGCUAUCGAGCGGAGUGCUAGCUUGCGGAACGGAGGCGGACGCUCCACUGCCCUGUCCCCACCCUCCAGAGGCGCCGCUCCGAGUGUUGAUCUAUUCGGCGACACAGAAGACAUCUCGCCGGCCAGGGCGAGCUCGACUGAGCCUCCAGCACAGAAGACGGCGCCACCCAAGGCCUCUGCUGCCCCGCCCCGCCAGACCAAGCCGGGAGAGAGUUUACUUGGCUUGGACUUUCUGGGCGCGCCCUCGUCUGCCCCUGCUCGACCAGCCAGCACCGGCCCAAACACCACGGCAUCGCGUGGCCGAGCCGACCUCAAAUCCUCCAUCCUCUCUCUAUACGCUGCCAAGCCGGCAGCACCUGCGCCCCAGCCGCAAGCACCUCCGCAGAAUGCGUCAAAUCUCGACGCCUUUGCUGGCAUGCACUCGAAGCCAAGCGAGGGGCUGAACGAUGCAUUCAGCUCGCUGUCCUUCAAUUCGCAGCAGCCAAGUCAAGUACGCUCGAGCCCCUUCUCCAACCUUGCAUCCCCCACUGUGCCAUCCGCCCCCAACGUCUCCCGGUCUGCGCUUAGUGGCGGGUCAUUCUUCGACACGAAAGCACCUGCACCGGUUACAGCCACGGCCGCACGGAAGGAGAGUUUCGGGGGCGAUUGGGGUGACUUCUCCUCGAGUGCAUCCCCGAUCACUACGACCAAGUCUCCGCCUGCCAACACGAGCAGUAUGGGCGAUCUCUUCGAUAUGUCCUCCCCUCCUAUCCCCUCACAGCCCGCAACCAUGUCCCCUCCCGCUCCUGUCCAAGCGCAGCAGGCAAACUACCCCUCCGACUCUGCCUUCAAUCUCUCCAAGCCGGUGAGCCAGCCUGCGGCGGCGGCGCCCAAGCCCGCAGCACCGGCACUCUCCAACUUCUCGAACUUCAACACCGCCGACGCCUGGGGUUCGAGCGAUCCAUGGGCCAAUGCAGACGCACCAUCGCAGCCCACGGCACCUCGUGCUGCGCAGCCCAGCGGAGCACAGACUGUGCAACAGGAUGAGGAGUUCGGCGAGUGGGGUCACGCGAGCCCGAUUGCCACCACCAGCACAGCGCCCAAGCAGAGUAGCAGCGGAGGGUUUGGCGGGGGGAGUGAUGAUUUAUUUGGGAAUGUAUGGGGAUGA